AUGACCAGGAGCGGCGGCGGCAGCGGGAGGCAACAACCCGAGACCGCUUCUGCGGCCAUGCCCGUUCCGGGGCCCUGCGCCUCGACCCAUCGGGCGCUCGCCGAGUGCCACCGACGCGCCUCCCGCGGCCCGCUGCAGCCGGAGGUGCUGUGCCGGCACCUCAACCGGGCCCUGGCCGAGUGCGUGGUGACCAUGUGCUGCCCCGACCAGACCGAGGCCGUGCGCACGCUCUGCGGCAGCUCCGGCACCGCGCUCAAGCGCACCCAGUGCGAGCGCGCGCGCAUCGACCUUUCCCUCUGCCUCGAGGCUCAUCAAGAAGAAUGACCUACACAAACUCCACAACCAAUGUGCUUCGCCCGGAGCGAAAGCCCGUUUCAAGUAGGAGUGUGUGUGCACGGUGCCUCUGUCUCGAUACCACUGUGAACUGGUAUGAAGGGGCAGGGUUUAUCGAAGGCGGGAAAAGAGGUUUUAGUUAAAUCAGUUCUGCAGGCCAUCCCUACCUAUUCGAUGGGCUGUUUUCAGUUGACAAAAGGGCAGUGUGGCAAGCUGACAUCGAUCUCCUCGAGGUUUUGGCGGGGCGACGGUACUGACAAGAGAAAGGAUCUUUGGAUUAGCUGGGAAUGCAUAUGCUCGGCUAAGCGCAGUGGAGGAUUGGGAUUCUGUGAUUUCCAGGAUUUUAAUCAAGCUCUUCUUGCCAGGCAAGCGUGGAGGCUGACCACAUCCGCGGAAUCCUUGUGGAGUCCUUCGCGGGAGAUAUUUGCCUGAGGGCGAUUUUAUGAAUGCCAAAUGUCUAAAAAGAGCGUCAUACACUUGGAAAAGUAUUUUUCAUGGAAGGGAUUUACU